AUGAGUCGCCGGUUAUUCACACGGAUUGCUGAUGAUUUGGCGGGGCUAGACCUGUUUUUCACGCAACGACCCGAUGCUUGGAAUUAUGAAGGGUUUAGCACGUUACAAAAGUGUAUUGCGGCCAUUCGCCAACUGGCGUACGGGACAGUGGCCGACGCUUUAGACGAGUACUUACAGAUAUCGGCAAGAACUAUGCGGGAAUGUUUGUAUCGGUUUUGUCAUAAUGUGGUGAAACUGUAUAUCAAAAAAUAUUUGCGUAAACCAAACGCGUAUGAUGUUCAACAGUUGUACCAAGCCCGUGAAGCACGACACGGGUUUCCGGGAAUGCUCGGUAGCAUUGACUGUAUGCAUUGGGCGUGGGAGAACUGCCCGAAUGCGUGGCGAGGCCAAUAUACGCGAGGUGAUCACGGCCAUCCAAUCUUAAUACUUGAGGCCGUGGCGUCACAAGAUCUGUGGAUCUGGCAUUCUUUCUUUGGUCUCCCUGGUUCACUUAACGACCUCAACGUGCUAUACCAAUCGGCGAUCUUUAGCGAUGUCGUUAAUGGAACCGGUCGGGCGAUUUGUGAGUAUGAUGAGAAUGCAUCUAUCGGGAAUAUUGUCCCGGUAGAUCCGGUGCAACAGGAUUUAAACUCGUUCUCGCUAACCAACGACUUCACGCAUGCAAACCUUCAACAGGAUUUAGUAGAACAUAUAUGGAACAACGCAAACGGCGGGGACAGUGACGAAGACGAAGACGAUGGCGAGUAG